AUGCGACUGCUCUGGUUGCUGCUGCCGCUUGCACCUUCGGUCUUUUCGAAACCCGCAAAUGAUACAGACUCUCUUUUGUGGGGCGCUUAUCGGCCGAAUCUUUACUUUGGUCUGAAGCCCAGAAUACCACAGUCUCUCAUGACCGGCCUGAUAUGGUUUGGAACUCAAGACUACCAGUCCUUUACACGCUCUCGCCAUGCUUGUGACCAAGGGGACGAGUUGGAUGGGUAUACGUGGACGAUGUACGACGCACGUGAUGGAGGUGUCCAGGUCCUGAAGGACAGCAAGAACAAUGUCAAGGUCACCACCGAGUUCCUCAAAAUACCAGGUGAUCUUCCCUCUCGCACGUCUUUCAUCUUCUAUUCGGGCCUUGAGGGACUUGGAGGCAUUGACAUGGAGACCCAGGAAGCAGAGAAUGGAAUAGAAGGCCCCAUCGAGUUUUCUGGCUCGACGCCAGAGCUCGACGAGUUCACCAUUCGUAUUGAGGAUGACCCCAAGAAUGCGGCAUUCAACGGCGGUCCAUUCGCCGAUGUCUUCAAAGACCGGAUCGGAAAGACGCAUUACGGAGGCUUCCGAGUCCCCCAAGACAACAUGUGGCAAGCGAAAGAGGUUAUUAUACAGGAUAUAUUGCAACGUGCUCGAGAUGCGCUUGCACCCUACCAGAACCCUGCAGGCGGGGCACCCGAUCCUUCUUUCAUACUGCAACUGAACGACGAAGCUCUGUCCAACAGCAACCUGUUUGCAGUACAGAAACUCUUUGAUGGUGAAUUCCAGUUUGAUGUAUUUUUCGAAAGCAAGAGUGCGAAACAAAAGUUAAAUGCUGCUACCCUGGAUGAGGGCAUGCAAGCUUUCACUAGUUCUUUUAACGAACGCUUCCAGUCGGUUUUCCCUGUCCCGCCUUCACCGAAAAAGGAGUCCAUUGAGUCCUUCUCCAAAGCCAUCACCUCGAACCUGAUAGGUGGUGUUGGGUACUUCUACGGAAAAUCCAUAGUCGAUAAGUCAUUUGCGUACGAAUGGGACGAGGAUGAUAGUUUCUCUGCCGAAGGAGAUGCAGAGGAUAGCAAAGACAAAGGUGACGGAGGUGCUCAUCUGACAGAGCCCAAGGCCCUGUUGACCGCUACGCCGAGUCGAAGUUUCUUCCCUCGAGGAUUCUAUUGGGAUGAGGGUUUCCAUCUGAUGCAUAUCGGCGAAUGGGACAAUGAUUUGAGCUUGGAAAUUUUGAAAGACUGGAUCAAUCUCAUUGACGAAGAUGGCUGGGUUGCCCGGGAGCAAAUCCUUGGAGAGGAAGCACGAAGCAAAGUUCCACCUGAGUUCCAGACCCAAGUCCCAAGCUUUGCCAACCCCCCUACUCUGGCCAUGGCAGUCACCGCAUUCAUUGGUCGCCUUAAAGCCACAGGGGGCCCCAGCGAUAAGGAUCUUGGUAUAGACUUCGGCAUGGCUGACACGCAGAUACCUCUUUCCUCUCCAAGGGUAGCUGGAAGCCGUUAUUUGGAGGAUCCUGAGUUAGCCUUGUCGUACCUGAAAUCCAUCUACAAACCCCUCAAACGCCACUACGAUUGGUUCAGGCGCACACAGCGCGGCCAGCUGAAACAGUAUUCACGUAAGGCGCGUUCGCGCACUGAAGCCUACCGCUGGAGAGGCAGGUCUGAACAGCACGUCCUGACAAGUGGCAUGGACGACUACCCCAGAGGCCCGCCCCACGCGGGUGAGCUGCAUCUGGAUCUCAUUUCGUGGAUGGGCUUCUUUUCCAGAACAAUGAAGGAGAUUGCCGAGUUCGUCGGCGAAGAGGAGGAUGCGAGCUACUUUGACGAGGUUGCAAAUGCUGUGAUUGGCAACAUUGACGACUUGCAUUGGAACAAAGAGGAAAAGAUGUACUGUGAUGUCAAUGUGAACGAUGAUGAUGAAUCAUAUCAUGUCUGUCACAGAGGAUACCUAUCUCUGUUCCCAUUCCUUUUGUCCCUGGUGUCACCUGACUCGCCACAUCUCGGCGCGAUCCUCGACUUGCUGCGCGAUCCUGAGCAUCUUUGGUCGCCCUAUGGCCUGCGGAGCUUAUCCGCAUCUCAUCCUGACUUUGGUCAAGGAGAGAACUACUGGAAGGGGCCGAUAUGGAUCCAGAUGAACUACCUAGCCCUGAGAGCAUUGCACAAGACGUAUGCCGCACAAGAAGGUCCAUAUCAGGAUACGGCCAAGAAGGUUUACUCGGAACUGCGCCAUAAUAUCGUUGACAACGUUCAUAAGGAAUACGAGCGGACAGGGUACGUAUGGGAACAAUAUGAUGCCAAAACAGGAGAGGGAAGGAGAAGCCACCCCUUCACUGGAUGGACAUCAUUGGUGACCUUAAUUAUCUCGGAGAAGUACUGAGGUGUUGUACUCAUCUCUGCGAGUUGCCUGCAAAUAUUAUAUCUGCCUUGAGCAUCUAUCUGG